GAAUACAUAUACACAAGUUAAAAAGGUGAAAAAAAGGAACAAUCAGCAGAAUUCCACAAGAAUAUAUAUAUAUAUAAAUAGUACUAUCAAGUGGAAGUUAUGAUAACACAAACACAUCUACACAUCUCAAUUCUCAGAGAAUAGUGUGUGAAAGAAGAGAGAGAAAUCAAAAGAAGAGAGAGAAAAUGGAGGGAUGGUGGGCAGCUAUGGGGUUGAUGAUGUUAUUUCUGCUACUACUACUACGCUUAUUAGUUGGAUGGUUGAGAUUUUAUGUUAAGAAGAUGAUACAAAACUAUAGUAAUAAUAUGGAAGAUUAUCAUGAUAAUAUUAAGAAGAAAAAAAGUUCAAGUAGGGUUCCUAAAGGAAGUUCAGGUUGGCCUUUUAUUGGUGAAACUCUUGAAUUUAUCGCCUCUUCUUACACUUCUAAGCCAGUCACUUUCAUGCAUAAACGCAAGGCCAUGUACGGAAAAGUUUUCAGAACACAUUUAUUAGGAAAACCUGUAAUAGUGUCAACUGAUCCAGAAAUAAACAAAGUGGUGUUACAAAACCAUGGGAAUAUUUUCAUCCCAUCUUAUCCAAAAUCAAUAACUGAAUUAUUUGGUGAAUCCUCUAUUUUGAGAAUGAAUGGAGCUCUCCAUAAGAGAGUACAUGCAUCGAUUGGAAGAUUUUUGAAAUCCCCAGAAUUGAAAGCCGAAAUUACAAGAGACAUUGAAAAUUCUGUCAAAUUAUCCUUGAAGAAUUGGAAGCAUAAUGACCUUAUUUACAUACAAGAUCAAACUAAUCAGCUUACAUUUGAGAUAUUGGUGAAAGUGUUAAUGAGCUUGGGUCCUGGUGAAGAAAUGGAGUUGUUCAAGAAAGAGUACAAAGAGUUCAUCAAAGGGUUGAUUUGUUUACCAAUCAAGCUGCCUGGAACACAACUUUAUAAAUCUCUAAAGGCCAAAGAGAGGUUGCAAAAGAUGAUAAGAAGGAUCAUAGAAGAAAGGCUAAUGUACAAAACACAAGACACGAGCAACAUAGCAACAUGCAACACCAGCAAUGAUGCAAUUGACGUAUUAUUACGUGACAUUGAUGACAGAAGCGAGACUGAUGAAUGUCAGCCAUUGGAUUUCAUCGCCGGAAAUAUAAUCGAGAUGAUGGUCCCUGGAGAGGACUCGGUGCCGAUGGUGAUGACUCUAGCUGUCAAAUACCUCAGUGACAACCCUGUUGCUUUAAAGCAACUUGUGGAUGAGAACCUGGAUUUGAAGAGGCAAAAGGCGAAUUCCGGGAACUCUUAUGCUUGGACAGACUACAUGUCCUUAACGUUCACCCAAAACGUAAUUAGUGAAACACUAAGAAUGGCGAAUAUCAUAAAUGCAAUUUGGAGACAAGCUACUAAAGAUGUAGAAAUUAAAGGUUAUUUGAUACCAAAAGGAUGGUGUGUACUUGCAUCCUUAACUUCAAUUCACAUGGAUGAACAGAAUUAUGAGAACCCAUAUCAUUUUGAUCCUUGGAGAUGGGAGAAUAAAGGAAUUGUUGGAAGUACUUAUACAUUUGCUCCUUUUGGGGGUGGACAAAGACUAUGUCCUGGUCUUGAAUUUGCAAGGCUGGAAAUCUCUAUAUUUCUCCAUCAUUUUGUUACUACUUAUGGAUGGGUAGCUGAGAAAGACGAAAUAGUAUACUUCCCAACUGUGAAGAUGAAGCAAAAACUUCCCAUCUCAGUCACACCUCACUCUCUUUGAUUUUUAGUAUUAUAGUAGUACAAUCAUGAGUUCAUGACUAGCUAGAUGUUAGUGCUUAUACUGCUUAGUAGCUGCUCGAUGAGCCCACAUAAGUUCUAAGCAGCUCUAUCGUCAAUUCGUCAACCAACUUUAUUUUUGAGGGAUUGGAAGAUAUCCAGAAUCUUGUGCCCUUUGACAAUGCCGCAAAACUGCACUAAUUCGAGCUAUCUGAUGCAAGUGGGGAUUGGGGAUAUGCUCUCUCGAAGUCACCAUCCACAAUUAAACUCAUCUGUUUUUUUUAAAAAAAAUAUUACAUUAGUUGUGUAUGUAAAUUAUUAUUAUAAGGUUUUGAUAUAUAGUACUCCCUCCGUCCCAUAAUAUAGUGCUUCAUUUCCAUUUUGGGUGUCCCAAAAUAUAGUGCUUAGGUAUAUAAUAUUACUGUUUUUUGGUUAAUUUUUUUCAAUGACUCAAUUAUUGACAUAUGACUUUUAUUUAAAAAAAACUAUUGAUA